AUGUCCGAAACUCAAGGACCGCUCGGAGCGCCGGGGACCCUAAUCGAGCGCGAAGAUCCAGUCAACAACUUUAGUGAUGCUGAUGACUGGCGCAAUCUCGGCAUUUCUAUGCAAGCUCCGACUUGGGAGGUUUUGUCGAUUGCUCUGAGAAAUCAAAGCAGUCGUAAUUGGAAGGACUAUGUUGUGUUUAUACGCUAUGGUUCUGCGGAGAAUCGUAUUGAGCGUUGUCUGUCGUGGGAUGAGAGACCGCUCGCGAAAUUCAUGAAGCUGAAGGAUGCUGGAAAGGAUCCGGUUUUCGUACUCAAAGGUGCCGAAAGCCUCCCAUCACCCAUCGCCAUCGCCCGGCAGAAAAUCGCCACACGUAGCGCAGGAUCUCACGCAGACAACGAUAUCGAUCACCCUCGUAUCUCUCUUCUCAACGACACGUCUCUCGGAUCGUCAGGCGAACGCACGAUGGGUCAGGGGUCAAGCGUAAGCUCAACUACGACGGAAAAUACACUGAUCGUUGGUGCUGGGGACCAGUAUGAAUUCUGUCACAGCCAUGGGUCGGCUUUCUCCACUAGCACUGCAGUAGAGAUCCUCUCAUACGCGGUGGCUGUAUACCCCUACUCGGCAGAGCAGGGCGACGAGCUCAAUGUCGCUGUAGGAGAUACUUUCGUCGUUUCGUCUCGAGAUAGCGGCUGGCUUGUCGUCCAGCGCGAUCCCACAGGGUCUGGAACUACGGCUGACUCCGAAUUAUCUGUGAAAGGGCGCAUACCUAAGGGAUGUGUACUCGAAACAAACAUGCCGGUGGCGUCUGCAAUAGCCGAAGCAACCGCGCCAGACCCGAAUCGCCCACAGAUAUCAGCUAGCAAUGGUCCUGCUUCCCCGCGAAUUGCCGCGCCCAUUCUCUCGCGGAGCAUCCUCACGACUAGUGCUCAAGGUAUCGCAUCCAUGGACUACCAGAGGAAUGGUGACUGGGAGAUAGAUUUGUCCUCAGGCGAUGCCCUGAGAGUCUUCAAGCGCCACGCCCAUUGGUUGUAUGUAGUCAAAACGGAUGGUGGUGGCCGUGGCUGGGUGCCGGUCAAAAACCGGGUGGCCCCUUCGUCAGCCGGUGUGAAGCACCUUACCGCUCCUUUCAUCACAGCUGAUGGUGCUUCACCACGAAAAAAACCACCACAUAUUGCUCUGCUCAUGGACCUCGGCACCACUUCAGCAUUUGGCAACUCCACUAGCCCGCGCUUCAUGAUCGAUUUUAAGGCCGAACCUCCACUAGUCAAGAAGGCCGCCAUGAAGGACGCAAAUACCUCUUCAGCGGCUUCCAUCCGAGACCAUUACUUCUCUUCGUCUUAUCCUGAGCACGAUCGAUGGACAGUUCAAAUUGGAGGGCAUAGAAUGGAGGAGUACCAUAUCGUGGCUAAGUAUGCCCCGGAUUUGCUUAAACAGUACAUUUGGGAUGAAGACACGGGACUGGUCUUGCAAGAGUACGAAACAAGGCUUGUGAAGGAAACUGAUCCGUUGGGGAACAUCGAGGAUUAA